GCCCCGCAGCCCCCCCCGCCCGUGCAGGCGCGGAGCCGGCGGCGCUCGGCGGCGAGCGGGGCGGCGGGCAGCGCCAUGCGGGCUGCCGCCUGCCUCCUCUGCCUGGCGCUCGGCGCCCUGACAGCGGCCGCAGGAGGCGCCGGGCCGGCCACGGCGGCAGCGGGGCGGCAGCGGGGCGAGAGCCCCUUCGCGGAGCGAGAGAGCAUCAGGCCGCUGCGGCUGGUCUCCGGCGAGGGCGGCGGCGGGGCGCGGUGGCCGGCGCUGAGCACGCGGGUGCGGAGCGAGGCGGCGCGGGCUCAGUCUACCCACAUUGCUCGAGCCAGCUUCCAAGUUGAUGCUUUUGGAUCAUCUUUCAUCUUAGAUGUGACACUAAACCAUGACCUGCUGUCUUCUGAAUAUCUUGAGAGGCAUAUCGAGCAAGGUGGGAAGACAGUGGAAGUUAAAGGAGGAGAACAUUGCUAUUAUCAGGGAAAAAUUCGAGGAAAUUCUGUAUCAUUUGUUGCCUUGUCAACAUGCCAUGGAUUACAUGGGAUGUUCUAUGAUGGAAAUCAUACUUACCUUAUUGAACCAGAUGAAAACUACACUUCAGAUGAUGACUUCCAUUUCCACUCUGUUUACAAAUCCAAGUUGUUUGAAUUUCCUUCAGUCGACCUGCCAUCUGAAUUCUGGCAGACGAAUAGUACAUCACAGAAUUUUGUUGUAAGGCCAAGACACAAAAGAAGAAAAAGGCAGGUUCGUCAGAUUCCACGUAAAGUUGAAGAGGAAACAAAAUAUAUUGAGUUGAUGAUUGUAAAUGAUCAUCUAAUGUGUAAAAAGCACCGCUUGUCAGUCGGCCAUACCAACAGCUAUGCUAAAUCAGUUGUGAACAUGGCUGAUCUGAUAUAUAAAGAACAACUUAACACCAGGAUAGUAUUGGUUGCCAUGGAAACCUGGGCUACUGAUAACAAGUUCACCAUAUCUGAAAACCCCUUGGUGACUCUACGUGAGUUUAUGAAAUAUAGGAGGGAUUUUAUCAGAGAGAAAAGUGACGCAGUUCACCUUUUUUCGGGGAGUCGGUUUCAGAGCAGUAGAAGUGGUGUAGCCCACACUGGUGGAAUCUGUUCCUUGCUUAAAGGCGGAGGUGUGAAUGAGUUUGGAAAGCCGGACUUAAUGGCAGUUACCCUGGCGCAGACCUUGGCCCAAAAUAUUGGCAUUUUCUCAGACAGAAGAAAACUUCUAAGUGGUGAAUGUAAGUGUGAGGACAUGUGGUCUGGAUGCAUAAUGGGAGAUAUGGGGUACUAUCUUCCAAGCAAAUUCUCCGAGUGUGAUAUUGAAGAGUAUCAUGAAUUUUUAAACAAUGGAGGUGGAGCCUGCCUUUUCAAUAAACCAACCAAACUUCUGGAUCCUCCAGAAUGUGGCAAUGGCUUUGUGGAAGAUGGAGAGGAAUGUGACUGUGGGACAAUAGCGGAGUGUGCCAGUGAAGGAGGAGAGUGCUGCAAUACCUGCACCCUGACCGCGGGCUCCCAGUGCAGCAACGGGCUCUGCUGCCGCAAGUGCCGGUUUGAACCUAAAGGAGUUUUGUGUCGAGAAGCAGUGAAUGAUUGUGAUAUUGCAGAGAACUGCACAGGAAAUUCCAGCCAGUGUUCUCCUAAUAUCCAUAAAAUGGAUGGAUAUUCGUGUGAUAACAGACAGGGUAUUUGCUUUGGAGGAAGAUGUAAAACCAGAGACCGGCAAUGUAAAUAUAUCUGGGGUGAAAAAGUGACGGCUGCUGACAGGUACUGCUAUGAGAAGCUGAAUAUUGAGGGGACCGAGAAAGGAAACUGUGGAAGAGACAAGGACUCUUGGGUACAGUGCAAUAAACAGGAUGUGCUCUGUGGGUACCUUCUGUGCUCCAAUAUAUCCAGUGUGCCCAGACUUGGAGAACUUGAUGGUGAAAUCACAACAUCAAUCUUGCACUAUGGAAAGGUCUACAAUUGCAGUGGUGGCCACGUGAAGCUGGAUGAGGACACGGACCUGGGCUACGUGGAGAACGGGACGCCGUGCGGGCCGGACAUGGUGUGCCUGGACCAUCGCUGCCUCCCCACCGAGGCCUUCAACUUCAGCACCUGCCCGGGCACCACCGACAGCCAGAUUUGUUCAGGACACGGGGUUUGUAGCAAUGAAAUAAAAUGCGUCUGUGACCGAUUUUGGGGAGGAGAUGACUGCAGUGCUCAUAUCAAAGAUGAUCUAUUUUUUGAUAAGGAUGCCAUCAAUAAAGGCGUGGUUAGCACAAAUAUAAUAAUAGGGGCUAUUGCUGGCACCAUUUUAGUGUUGGCUCUCGUUUUAGGAAUAACUGCUUGGGGUUACAAAAACUACAGAAGACAGAGACAAAUACCCCAGGGAGAUUAUGUAAAAAAGCCGGGAGAGGCCGACUCUUUUUAUAGCGACAUGCCUCCUGGAGUCAGCACAAACUCUGCAUCUAGUUCUAAGAAGAGGUCUGCUUUUCUGUCGCAUUUUCAGAUUUCUACCUGUUCCAUCACCCAUUAUUCCAUUAGUCAGAACAUUUCAUUGUUUUGCAGCAGGUCAAAUGGAUUAUCUCAUUCCUGGAGUGAAAGGAUCCCAGACACAAAACAUAUUUCAGACAUUUGUGAAAAUGGGAGGCCUAGGAGUAAUUCUUGGCAAGGUAAUAUAGGAGGAAACAGAAAGAAAGUCAGAGGCAAAAGAUUUAGGCCACGGUCUAAUUCAACUGACCGGGUAACCCAUGCAUCUGAGCCUGGGCUUUCUCUCGCCCACCAAAUCCCUGCCCAAGGCAUAAGCCCAGGGGGUUCUGACCACCCCCAAACAGGGAGUCGGGAUCACAGGUAUUUAAACCCAUGGUUCAAAAGAGAAUAUAAUGUAGCUAAGUGGGUAGAAGAUGUGAAUAAAAACACAGAAGGACCAUACUUUAGGACACUGUCUCCUGCAAAGUCUCCGUCUUCAUCCACUGGAUCUAUUGCUUCCAGCAGAAAAUACCCUUACCCGAUGCCACCACUUCCUGAUGAAGAGAAAAAAGUCAACAGGCAAAGUGCCAGGCUAUGGGAGACAUCCAUCUAGCUGCAGUGUUUUCCUGGGGUCACAUCAGAACUGUUUACUUUGGAUUUUAUAGGAACUCAGCAUCACUGAGUCACUGCACAUUCAUCUCCUCUUCAGACAAUGCGAAAGAUCAACAGAGAUGCCAGUGAUAACCUCCUGUCAUGUGGAAAGGAAAAAAUCAGUCUUUUUUUUUUCUUUCUUUUUUGUUGACUUGUAUUUUAUGGAUUUUAUGAACAACCAAAAUCAUAAGAUUUGACAGAGAAUAAUUAGCCCAGAUGUGACAAGGCUGUUCCGCAUGGUGACCUAGAAUCCCAGCUGCAGUCCAUUUGCCAGUCCUGUGUAAGACAGGUUUUUCUCUGGUUUACUGCAGUCCUGAGUCAGACCAGAGUGGAACUGGGAACGUGCCUCACGGAGAGCCCAGCUGAUGUAAACUUGUACGCUGUAUGCAUGAACCUUGUGUUCUUUACUUUCCACAUGUAAGGGAAAAACAACAUACUGUAGUAGAGAUUAGCAUGCAGGAGUAAGAAAUAUAGGAUUUUUUUUUUGUGACAGGAUUUCAAGCUUUGAAAGGCAACUAUUUGACACAAAUGGCAAACAAACAAAGAUUAUAUCUUUUUUUUUUUUUACCUUACAUGUUUAUAAUCUCAGUAUACAGAUUGUAUAUAUGUAAACAUUCAAUAAUGUCAAAAAUAGCUGUUAUACGUAUGUGUAUUUUGCCAAAUGCCUAAAGAAACAGUCAUGACUAACAUCAUCACACUUCAGAUUUUCUAAUAUUAUGAGCAGACAACCUUGGAAAUACAGAAAGUACAGUACUGUAAAACUGUAUCUCUCAGAAACUGGUGUUUGACCAAAAUCUAAACAACUUUUUCAGCAUCUUAUACAGUCUUGACAAUCUCAGUUGUACAGUAGACUGCGGAAACCAGUACAGGAGCACUUCGUCUUAAAUCAUCGUAAAAGGAACCAGCCAAAAUCCCUUGUUUAGUAAGAUAACCACUGUAUCCUCUCACUGGUGUAAUCAAGAAUGAUUCAGCAGACAGCAGAGUCUUUAAGUCAUGUGCAGCCCAACUUACUGGACAUUUGGGAAUACUUCUAAGUGGUCAAUUCAGGAUGUGGUGAUGUGAAGUCUGUCUGUGAGAGUUGCUGUGUAUUUUUGACAGAGCAUUUCAGACACUGUUUUAGAUGGCAAGGCAUAGGCUUAUGAGAUGCAUAACGAUUUCACUGCACUAGAUAACAACAGUGCUGGGCAAGUGGCCAGUUUCAUUGCUGUCUUUCAAUUUUUAUUUGUUACUGGAAUCGCAUUUACCAUGUGCUUGAAUGCUAUGCUUGCUGCCCCUGAAGCCCCCUUGACAAUUUUUUGGGGCAUUAAACUGAGCACAAAUGAAUUUAGCUUAAAAAGAAUAGGGGGGGGAACAACUCUUUACCAUGUUAAUCUUGUCUGUAAAUUGAUGUUAUAUUUCUAACACCCGAGACUUCUGAAGGCUGUUGUAAAGCAAAUGCCUUCUGGUUGGGAAUUUUCAGUUAGUGAGAAACUGGACCAUAUUAAAUCAGUUUAUAAUUCUCUGGUUUUCCAAAACUGACUACUUCUUAGCUUCAGGUAGUACCAUUGCAAAAUAAAACACCUGACUUUGUGGUGCAGUUGAAUACCCUACCCAACAGCUGUAUGAUUAAUUAGAUAUUAUUGUAAUGGGAACAUCUAUGGUGUUUCUGAAUCUUCUACCUCUUUCAUGUAUUUCCUUUAGUAAGUGAACCCAACACUUGCAGCCUUUUAAUGUAUUUUUUUAACUUUUACGUCUCUCAAUAAAGUCAGAUAUAUGUAAGAUUAAAUUAAUAAAUGUUUAAAGAUGUUGGCAGCUGUAAAAUAUGUAAGAUUUUUAGAAGCACUAUAUUUUGUGAUUAGGCUGUAUGUAUGAUUAUAACAAAAUAUUGGCCUUGGCAUUCAAAUGAUUUUCUCACAGUCAACAGGUUCUGGUAAGUAUUUGGAAAAAGACGAGUGUAAGUGAGCACAAAUGGGUGCAGACUGACCAUCUGGAAAGAGACAGUCACUGGUAACUGCUUUAGAGACAAAUUCUGCAUUUUUGUGAAAGGUAAAUAUAUCAAUCAGCACUGAAGAUUAUUUUUUGCAAAGAUUUACUUUGAGUGUAGCUAUCUGGAUUAAACAUAGUUGAUAGCAUGUAGCUUAUGAAAUUAGGGUCUGACCCAUAACAUGAAAUCAAUAUGUCUUUUGUUGAUUUCACUGGACUUUGAGCAGGACCCUCAAGAGGUUCACCCACAUUAGGACAUUAUGAUAACCUGAUCAUUGCUGUAUUACUCUGUCACCUGGAAGCUGGUUUUCCCUCCCAUAUUCAUAUCUUGUCUUUAGUAACUGGACUGUUCAUCAUGUGCCUUUUAUGGUAUUUCUUUUUAUACAAACUGGCAUGUAAUUUUGAAUGAUCCCAUUAGAUUUCUGUGCAUAUCUUAUGUUUUUCAGUGUUACUACUCCCUUUCCAUUUUGCCUUACCAAGAAGCAGCAAGAUUUGGCAGACAGAACGGGAGAUAACAUGCAGGCUCUUUCUGCUAUGUUCAUAGCUUCUUGUUUUGCAAACAAAUGCCCCUCCUGACUGUAUUUUCAAUGUAGUAUGUACUUCCAGCUUCUUUUGUUAUGGUAUAAUUCAUUUGUAGCAUAUGAUGAUGCACUUAUGUGUGUAGCGUACCUUUAACAGUCUCCCUCACAUUUGGAGAUAUGUAGUAACUGGAAGUCUAGUUCUGAGCACUAAGUUUAAGUUAAAUAAAUGUUGACUUUCCCUUUGGUGGUCUAGCGUGAGAAUAUCACAGGGCUUGUGUUCUUGCAAAAUUCUUCUGCAGAGAACUUUGCAUCAGGUUGGUAACUUGGGAGACCUGAACUGGCAGGGCUGUGUGAGCCUCCCAGGCCAGUGGAGGUUGGACAGAGAAGCUGUUUUCUUACAAAGCUGUCAUUUCCUUCUUUUAAAAUGUAGUAUGUUGGAAAGCUGCCAGAUUAAUAGCCUUGAAGAUUGCAAAUAUUUUUAUCCACUGUAGUUAGUUACACUGGCAAUAGCAAUAUAAACUGCUGCAUAAUACCUCAUCCAGACUAAAAUAGAGUACUUGUCACUAAUAUAGCUCAGUCAUUUUGACUAAUUGAGACUCAUGCUUUUAUUUUGGUUUUAUUUUAAUAAAUGGACUAGUUAAUUGCCAACUGUGCUGUAGAUGCCUGUUGAAGUAAGUAAGGAAGCCAUCAGUUCUCAACUAGAAGUAAUUGUUUAUAUGAGCAUAGGACUGGCAGGAUGAAAUAUACUUAAUAUAAUACCUUUAUGUAUUUCAAUGUGGGAAAAGAAUCUUGUGUAAUUUGUAAUAAAAUAAUGUGACUAACUGAUGGAGACUGGAAAAUUGAGAUUGUAUCUCAAAUAAUGCUGCACAAUGUUGCCACAGUUUAGCAAGUAAAGAUUUACCUUCUAAUUCUGGAUUUGUUGACUUAAGAACUGUAGUAAUCUCAGACAAUAUACCAGAGAUAGUUGUGACUGAUAAUUUACAUAUAGUUUUGUUAUAUUUAAUUGAGUAGAUUCAAGAAGAUUGUUACCUUAAUAGAGCCUAUCUUUGCUUAAAUUGUGACUGAAGUCACAACUUGCCAGUCACCUGAAGUGUGACUUGACUUUGAAGAUGGCUUCUUCCAAAUGAUUUAAAAAGUUCCUGAUUUGUGAGAUAUUGAACGUGCUGAGCUCGUGUGCUCAUGAAAUAAUUUUGAUUGUGCUAUUGAAAGCUUUGAGGUAUAGCCUGAAUUAAAAUCAGAAAGAAAUUGUGUCAAUAGUUAGUGUACUGAAAUCCUCUUACUCAAAUCCCUGUUGCUGGUUUGGACUGAUUGGUCUUGUCAAUGCUAAUGCAACAACUUUUUUCAAAACCAGAGGUAAAAAUGGGUAAAUACUUAUAGACAUGCAUAUACUACAAAUUCUGACCAAAUUUGCUGUAGCUUCAUUAGGGAAUUGAUUAAUAGAUAGAAUGUAAUGUGAAAGAAGGAUUAGACUCCAUAAUCCUAAAGGAUAUACUCUUCAGUUAGCCCUUAGGACUUGCUCUGUCAUCAAAUCCCGUAGCUAGUUGUAAGCAAAGUUAUCACACUCCAGUGUAAAACUCAGUGAGCUCCUGUUCUCUUCCAUCCCUUUUUCACUUCUACUGAAAAGGAUUUGCAUGAAACAUUCAUCCACUAACAGGCUCUGUGAGUUGGCUGACAUCAGAAAGCUGCUAAAAGUGUGUCACCUUUCCACAGUAUGGGUAGGGUCUUUCCAAUGCUGUUAAUAAUAGUAGGUUAAAUUAGGUAUUAGGAAGAAAUUCUUUACUGUGAGGGUGGUGGGACACUGGCACAGGUUGCCCAGAGAAGCUGUGGAUGCCCCAUCCCUGGAAUGUUCAAGGCCAGGUUGGAUGGGGUUCUGAACAACCUGGUCAGUGGAAAGUCCUGCCCAUGGCAGUGGGGUUGGAAUGAGCUGAUCUUUUUGUCCCUUCCAACCCAGACCAUUUAAUGAUUUUGUCAUCUUUUGCUUGUGCUAUAAUCAGGUGGUGAUGCAUCAUGUCUUGUGGAUUUUGCACUGGUUUUGCUUGGGAUGAGUUAAUUUUCUUCACUGUAGCUGGUAUGAGGUUGUGGUUUGGAUUUGUGCUGAAAACACUGUAGAUAAUGCAAGGAUUUUUUCAGUUAUUGCUGAGCAGUGCUUGCAAUGAGCCAAGGCCUUUUCUGCUCUUCACAUGCCCUGCCACCAAUUGGGCUUGGGGUGCACAAGGAGUUGGGAGGGGACACAGCCAGGACAGCAGACCCAAGUGAUACCCUAAACCAUAUGAUGCCAUGCUCAGCAACAACCCAGGGGGAAGGCUGGCAGUGAAGAACUGCAGCUCAGGGACUGGCUGAGCACUGGUCUCUCGAUGGUGAGCAAUUAUUUUCAUUUGCAUCACUUGUCUUUUUUGGGUUUUAGUUCACUCUGUGUUAAUUCCCUUUUCAUUAUUUUUUUUAUCAUUACUAUAGUUAUUUAAUUUUAAUUAUUUAACUGUUCUUAUGUCAACCCAUGAGUUUUCUCACUUUUACCUUUACAAUUCUCUUGCCAUCCCAUUGUGGGUGGGGACUGAGCAAGUGGCUGUUUUGGGGCUUAAUUACUUGUGGUUAAACCAGAAUACUACUGGUAAAACCACUUUCUGACUCAACCAUCCUGUGUCUCACCUUCUAGUCUUUUUGAAGGCUAAAUCUCCUAUAUCACCAAGUCUGUGAACCCAGUAGUUCAGCUGUUUCCUGUUUCUCUUGCUCCAAGUCUGAAAAUCAUAUUUUUCCUUUUCUAAAUUGAGUUUCAGUGUCAUGGGAUAGCAGUGGACUGUAUGGACCAUUGUUUUUAACCACAAUAUGAUGCUAUUUGCCUCAUUUUUAAAGAGAUUGAGCAUUUCAGUCUCUGCUGAAUACAAAAAAUGGAUGAGCUGAUGACCCACUAUUUGCAUGGCUUCCAAAUCUUACGUAUCAGCAAUAUGGGAUUUGACUUGGAUCACAUUUGACGUGCUCAGUUGGUCGGUGUUAAUAACGCCAGGGUCAUGGGUUCAAUUGCCGCAUGGGCCAUUCACUUAAGAGUUGACUUGAUUAUCCUUGUGGGUCUCUUCCCCAGAAUAUUCUGCGAUUCCUGAGGACAAAUUUGAGUAAGCUGCAAAAAUAUGUGCAGGUUGUGAUCCCAUGACUAGACAGUGGAGUGAGGAUACUGUGUGCACAUAACUAUUCAUCCUAAUAAGGAAAGAAAAAAUGAAACAGUGAAACUAAUUGUGUAAACACAGCUGCAAUACAAACAGGACUCUCUUAAGUGUGAUUUUGUCAGGAACUGGAAAGGAAGUAAUAGUUUCUAUCAUCUAUGCUAAAAAUUUCUGAUGCGAGUAGUUUCUAAGUCAGCUUAUGAAAACCAUUUCUGGUGUCUCAAGUAUGAUGUAACCUGCAGCUUUGUGCACACUGUGCACAUGGUAUCUUGUCAUUUCACAACAGUUUUCUCCGAGUAUUUAGAGAAAAGCACUACAACAGUCAACAUUCCAGGUUAUCUCAGCCAAGUAAGAAAAACAAGCACUAAAAAUAAGUUCAGAACACAGAUAUUGCUCACACUUGAGAUAAUGUACCUGGCUUCAAAACUGGCUCACCUAGCCAGGUGUGGCAGUUCUAGCUCUUUAAAAUCCAGUCUAUACCAGUUUCAAAAUCACUUCAGCUAAACCAGCUUUAAACUGUUUAAAAACUUCUGCUACUUAAGAUGGGCCACAAUUGCCAUAACUCAGAAUGAGAUGAGGAUGAGAUGAGGAAAAUUUGGCAAAAUAAGCACAGAGCAGUUAAAAAGAAACAUGUUAUCUAGGGUAGGAGUAAAGGAGUCAACACAAUUUUUAAUCACUAGAGCAUAAAAUGUCAAAGCAACAAUCUUUUAUUUUUUUGUUUCUGUAUUUCUUUGAAUAAAAAAAAUAAAGCUUUUGUUUAAAAAAAUAUCAACAUGAGGCCUUAAGACCUUACAUAUUCUAAUUUUAGCAUGGAAAGUCUAUUUUUACAACCAUGUUAGAAAUUCUGUAUAUAGGCCUGACUGACCUUGUAAGUGGAGUGGUGCGAGCAGCUAAUCAUGCAAUAUUGUAAGGCUCUGUAGAACAGCAAAUGCUGAUUUAGUUUGAUUAUUGGUACAAGAACUCCUGCUCACUGCCUGUGUAGACUCUGCAUACUUUAUGCUUGGAAAUACAGUCCAGAACAUACUCAAACUGUGAAUAUAUAACCUGAUUUUUCUUUUCUUAAGGAUAAAAAUAUAUUACAAUAGGUAAUAUUUUAUAUAGAAUACAGUACUUAUUUUUAUUGUUGCAUAAAUGCAAAAUAUUUUUUUCAGAAUAGCAAAGCAUUAUGGAAUUUUUAAUCUGCUGGAGAAAACACUAUUUACUGUAUGACCAGUUCUUUCAGCAAAGCUUUUGGGGUGGUAUAUACCAACUGGCUCUGCCAGCUUCAUUUUGUGCUGAUGUUUAACUUGGGCAUUGCUGUAAAAAAAAAAAAAAGCUAUUUUUUCACUCAUACUAGCCAUUAUUGAAAGAGGCAAUGAGAAUCAUGUUUCACACCUGUGGCUGGGCUAGUGUUGGCAAAAACAAUGAUUUGCAUCAUAUCAUUGUCUUUGCUAGUUAAAAUUCUUCAAAAUCAUACCUGAUGUAAAAAAAAUGCAAGAUUUUGACAAACAUCAAAAUGAAGCACUGCAGUUUACAACUUUCUAGCUUUGAGUGUGAUAUUUUUGUCAUAAACAUUACAGGCAUUGGGCUGUUGAAUGAAUCUGGCUUUCAUGUAGCUAAACAAAAUGUUGCUUUUUAUAAAAUCAAAUCGUUGUAAUUUGGGGUUCUAAAUUCCUGCUCACUUUUAAUAAUAACAGCAUCACAGUAUCCACUUCUACAAGAGUAUUUAAUACAAAUGCCUGUGGUUUUCAAUGUUACUAACAUAUUGUAACAUCAGUAAAGUGACUUUCAAUGACAAAG